AUGUCGGAUGUUCGCCUUUCCAACGGGAGUCCGACGCUGGAGCGGACCGAGUCGCGCCUGUCGGAUCACCCCAAGCCGUCCGCCUGCAGGAGCCUGUUCGGUCCGGUGGACCACGACGAGCUGAAGCGGGAGCUGGAGGGUCACAUGCGGGAGAUGGAGCAGGCCGCCGCCGCCAAGUGGGGCUUCGACUUCGCCGCGCACUCCCCGCUGCCCCUGGGCUCCGGGAUGCAGUGGGAGCUGGUGGACCGCAGGGACGUGCCGGACUUCUACAGCCGCCAGCGGCGGGCGGAGACGGGCGCGUGCCCCGCCGGGAUCAGCCGUGUGGAUUUAAACGGGAACCACAGCUGUGUUGUCGGGGAGGCGGAGCGGGACGCAGGCUCGUGCACGGAGCAGUGCGCCGGGCUGAGGAAGAGAGCUCCGGGAGCCCCGCACUCGCGGGUGUCUCGGGUGUCUCCCGCAGAGCCCUCCGCUCCGCGGAAACGCUCCCACAGCAGCUCGGAGGAGGUGACUCGCGCGGAACACACGCCCAGAAAGAGCAGCCCGAGCCGGCAGACGUGA